AUGGCCGACUCCAGUCCGUCGACCUCGGGCACGGCAACGCCCACCAAAGACGACGCAAGGUCUUCUCAAGAGGUGCGGGACCCUACUACGGCUGCGAGCAGCCCGCCGCCGCCUCCAGCCCAGCCCGACGGUGACCCAGAGAAGAAACCCGGCGCGCCGCCAGCGUACUCGGCCUUCUCACCAUGGCGGAGGCGCUUCAUCCUCAUCGUCGUCACCGUGGCAGGCUGUUUCGGCCCUCUGGCCGGCAACAUCUACCUCCCGGCUCUGCCCGUCUUGGAGAAGGAGUUCCAUGCGAGCGCAACGGCCAUCAACGUCACGGUGUCGGUUUUCAUGCUGACAUUCGCCGUCGGUCCUUUAUUCUGGGCCAGUUUCGCCGACUGGAAGGGCAGGAGACCGCUGUACAUCAUCUCCAUCUCCAUCUACAUUGUUGCCAAUGUCCUCUUGGCCGUAGUACCGGCCAACUAUGGCGCCCUUGUAUUUCUGCGGAUCAUCCAGGCCUUUGGGUCUGCGGCUGUCGUGUCGAUGGGCGCAGGCACUGUUGCCGAUGUGACUCCGCCCAAAGAGAGAGCAUUUGCGAUGAGCAUCUUCCUUCUGGGUCCUCAACUCGGUCCGGUGCUAGGCCCAGUGAUAGGAGGCGCGUUGACGGUGGCCUCAUGGCGUUGGAUCUUUGGCUUCCUCGCCAUUGCCGGGUUCGUUCUGUGGAUCGUCAUCAUCCUGAUGCUCCCAGAGACCCUGCGCGCCAGAGUAGGCAGCGGCAAGCUGUACUCCCAGUCCAGCUUCAUCCUCUUCCCGCCCAAACUGUCUUCCGCCCUGGCCCCGGAGUCGGAGAGGGGACCCCCGCCUCCCAAGCCGACCCUGCUCAUGUACUGGCGCCUCUUCAGCUACCCGCCCAUCGGCAUCGUGACCUUCAACACCGCCAUGCUCUACUCGACGUACUUCGCCAUCGCCGUGCAGCUGCCCACCGAGCUCGCCGACAGGUACAACUGGUCCAGCGCGGGCGUCGGCGCCGGUUUUCUGGCUGUCGGCAUCGCCAUGAUCGUGGGCUCCAUGAUUGGAGGCCGCUUCUCGGACUGGCGUCGGGCGCGCGCCCUCAAGGCGUCGCCUGACAACACCGUCGACCCCGAGAAUCGGCUCGCCGACCAGAUCUGGGGUGUUUUUGUUUGCGCUGGUGGGUGUGCCAUGUACGGGUGGUUCGUCGACAUUUCACUCCACCCCGCCGCUGUUCUGGUCGCCACGUUUUUGACCGGCUUCGGAAUGAACUGGGUAUUUGUGGCCACAACGGCCUUUUUGACCGAGUGCGUGGCUCAACAGGCCGCCGGGGCGUUUGCUCUCGGAAACAUGCUCCGGAAUCCCGGUGCUGCCGUUGCUGCGCUUGUGAUACCUUCUCUCGUCUCCAGGAUGGGAAGUGGAUGGUGUUUCACGGGACUCGCCUUGUUGGACUUAGUCCUCGUCGGUUCCGCUGUGAUUGUACUACGAAUCAAAUCCCCGGGAUGGAGGGCAGCCCGCAAAGCCAAGAUGGCGGCGAUGGCGGCAGCCAGGCAGGGGGGGCCCAAAUGA